GUUUGUUCAUUUCAAUGGUGGCUCAGCGGCAGAAAUCUUUUCUGCGACGGCAAAGUGAAGAAGAGCCGUAUCAGUCAUUGGUGAUUCACUAUGAAGGAAGACAUGAAGUAUUAUGGGUUGAGAAACCAAGGAGCAACAUGUUACCUGAACAGCAUUCUGCAGGCUCUGUUCAUGACCAGAGAGUUCAGAGAGGCUGUAAAAAGUUGCUCAAAACACCAUAAAGACGACAUCAAUGUUCGGCUCAAUACUUUGUUUGAAAGUUUAAAGGAAAAAACAUCAGAAACCACAGAAGUUACAAAGACACUGAGAAUUGAAAAAGUGUAUGAACAGCAGGAUGCUGGUCAGUACCUGGAGAAGAUUUUAUCUGAUGUCAGUGAUGAAGCGUCAAAGGUAUUCAAAGGAGAGCUGAUUCACAGGACUGUUUGUGAUCAAUGUGGCUCACAUACUGAUGACGAAGUGCCAUUUUUCUUUCUUUCUCUCCCUCUGAUGGAUUCUAAAAAUGGAAACUACAGUGUGGAGGACGGGAUUCAGGAGUUUUUAAAGGAUGUAGAGUUUUGUGGAGAAGACCAGAUGUACUGUGAUAAGUGUAAAUACAAACGUGACACUACUGUUAAAUAUGAACUAAAGCGUCAUCCAGAGGUUUUGAUUUUGCUGCUGAAGAGGUUUGAAUACAACUAUCAACGCAUGUCGUACAGUAAAGACAGCCGUGCUGUGGAUGUUUGUUACACCAUCAACUUACCUGAGAACCAGACAUAUGAACUGUACGCCUUGGUGGAGCACGUUGGGUCUCUGACAGGUGGGCAUUACACAGCAACAAUCAAACCUGAGGAUGAAGACAGAUGGUACGAGUUCAACGACUCCAGUGUGACACUGGUUGGUAACCAGACGUUUCAGAAAAAGUUUGAGAGAUCCCGAAGCGCCCAUCUUCUGUUUUACAGGAAAAGAAAUGCUGAAGUGGAAGAUGAAGGAACAGACGGAGAAGAAGACCAGAAAAAACUGAAAAACGAUGACGAGAGUGAAAAUGAGAGUAAAAACGACAAUACGGGGAAAAUGACUUCAGACUGUGAUAAAAAUCACAAUCAUUUGUAUUUUCCUUUGUCAGCUUUUGUACUUUUUGUAUUUGCAAUUCUCUGGAUUGUCAUUGUUGUCAUGAAGGUCCUUCCGAAUGAAUUUAUUCUCUUUGGUUUAAUCUUUCUUUUAGGGUUAGCCUUCUUACUUUGGUGGAAAUGUAUGAAAAAAGACAAACGAUUGGUUUUGUCGCAAUGUAGCCGCCAUGUUUAACCACUUGUUAGUCAGAAAUGACUAAAUCAUGAUUCACCAUAGAAUGGAUCUGCUUCACCUCUGAAACAUUAUGUUUUCAUUUUAUUCCCUUUGCUCUAAGUUACAUUACAUUAAUAUGAGAGUAAAAAUGAUUGGAUUCAGCCAGACAGUUUGACUUCAUGUGGACGCUG